AUGUCGUUCUUUGGGUUCGACACUGCACUCCCAGAUGACCCCCGCUCCAAGGGCUCGGGCUUCCACGCACAUGCCGACACGGAUGCGUUCCACAUGGGCGGCGCUGGCGUCGAGGAAGAUCUCGCCAUCUACCAGUGGGGCGAGGGUGACACUUCACUGCUCGAUGGCGGCGACGAACUUAACGACGAAACGUUCGGCGGCUUCGAUGACAUUGCCGCCGACUUCAACUUUAGUGCGGCGCCCGCGCCCGCGCUGGCGAACAAACCGCGCGUGGCGUCUACCAAGAGCCACUUUGGGCCUAAAGCUGUAGCGGACCCAUUCGCAAUGACUGAGGACGACUUUUACACGUCGUCGUCGCGCCCGGCACCCAAGAAGGUGCAGAAGCAGAAGAAGAAGGAGCCUGAGCCUGCUUGGGCGCACGCAUCGCCGGCGAAUGCGUGGGGCCAGCGGCCUCCACAGCACAUCCCGAGCAUCGACGAGAUCGAGGCCGGUAUGGCUGCCACGCGCGUCAGCGACAAGCGCGCGUCACAGCCCAAGCAGGUGAUGAGCCUCGAGGAGAUUGAGCGACAGCUCGUCGGUGCACCGCAGCCCCAGGCCAUCCCGGUGCCGGGACACCAGCGCAACAUGAGCCAACAGAUGCCAAUGGGCACGCCGCCAGCGCACGCAACCCCACCUCCUCAGCCGGGAAGCUACUCGCAGCAGGCGGUGCUCGACACGAUGUUCCCUGACCUCCGCCAAGGUCCUCCUCCUCCACCAGGGAUGGGCCCGUCGCCUGGCCCGCCUCCUGGCUCGCACCAGAAGUCGCCGGAGGAGAUCGCCGCUCUCGAAUCGCGCAUCGCCGCCAAGAUCGAGGGCAUGAGCAGGUUCAACAACUUGAUGGGCAACUCGGACAAGGACUUUAUCACGCGCAUCCAGCUGUCGCAGCUCGCCUCGAGCGAUCCAUACACCUCCGACUUUUAUGCGCAGGUCUUCUCAGCUCUUAAGCGGCAGCAGGCUCCUGACGGGGCCAAGGGACCAAACAUUGUGCAGGCCGCGCCGGGAAUGGGCUUUGGCGUCGGUGGCCCUGCGAACCGCUUCGGCAAGAUGGGCAACGCGUCGAUGCAGCGCCUGGCCACGCAGGUGCGCAAGCUCGUCGCCUCGAGCUCGAAGCGGCAGGCCAACAUGUCCAACGACGCGCUGCAGGGCGCUCUUGGCCGCGUGCCUGCCCGCCGCGGUGCACAGGCGGCCCCGCGUCCAGUCCUCAACGUCGGCAACUCCAAGGCGGUGCCCCACAAGCCCAUGCAGCAGCUCAACACGAGCUCCUCCGAGACGCGCCCUGCCCUGACCCGCAAGCAGGUCAUGUACGCUCUCGAGGAGCUGUACGACCUGGCACUCGACCUCGAGCAGAUGCGCCGCGACGCACCGCCACCGACCGACGUGCCCCGCGUCGAGGCAUGGAACGCUGCCUGCUCUGCCAAGGUCGAUGACCUGUGGCGCACCCUCAUGGUAAUGGAGCCGCUCGGCGUCAGCACGCCGCACCCCUUCAUCGCCCUCCUCAACCCGCUCAAGGGCCAGCGUCUAUUCCCCCGCCUCCUCCGCCACCUGCCCCACAACCAGGCUCUCACCCUCCUCACGCUUCUGGUAGCGACGUACCCCCAGCUCGACGUCGUGUCGCGCGCACCGCCUCCACCCGUCGCCGACGCGUCCCUCCUCACUAAGGCGGACCGCCUCGACCGCGCCCGUCGUGAGGCCGAGACCGACAGCUUCCUCCAGUACGUCGUGCCGGGCGUCGACGCCCUCAUCAACCAGUGCAACCUCGGCCUCGUGUCCGGCCUCCUCGGUAUCUGCUCGCAGCGUAUGGACCUGGGCCAGGUAGCGUCCACGCGCCCGGGCGUGGCGCUGUUCACGGCGCUCCUCUCGCGUGCGCAGAGCCUUCUUCGCGCACCACCAGAGUCCCUUCCCUCCGCCGACGAGAUGGAACAGUGGACCAAGACGUUUGCGUUCUUCCUCUACCACGUGCUGCCGAACCUUAAUGCGGCGUUCCCCAGCUCUGUGGCGCAGAAGGCAGCGUUCGGGCCAGGUGCAUACCUCCUCGAUCCCACGUCGCAGCUCGAGGGCGUCGAGCUCGAGCGCCGCGAGGCCGAGGCGUGGGGUUUCGCUGCGGCGCUGGCUGUGAAUGCGCCCGAGGAUCGGCAGACCGAGCUCGUUGGCGCGCUCCGCGACAAGAUUCUCCACGCCGUCCAGGCCGCGCGCGACCCGCACACCAACCGCGCACGUGCCGAGCUCAAGCUGCGCAAUGUCAACAUGUUCCUGCAUGGGCUGGGGCUGGACGCGUCCAUGAUCGAAUAG